UCGCCUGAAGUCCACAUGAUUUACAUGGACAAUCUUCCGGCAUGUGUCAUUUCCAAAACCUGUGGGGGCAGUGAACAAAAUACAUGUUGUAGACGGCGGCCAUGGAGUAGAAGUGGGGAACCGCGGGAUGAGAGUGGACCCUGCCGUUGAAUCUACUCUACCGAUGGCGCUAGUUGUCUUUAUCGU